AGAAAAAUAUGAAGGCCUUAGUUCUUUUCCCUUUCCACUCGCGCUACGUCAGCAGAUGGGGCGGACGCAUGAGGCGGCGAGCGCGUUUUGCGGUUUUGCCCGUCGCCGCGACACGACGCAUCCGCGCGUCCGGAUCGCGCUGGUGCGCGUUGAUCGCGCGUCUCCAGAAACUCAUUCCCCGGCGCGUAUGUACAGUCGUACAUCUCUUCGCUGUUCAGUCGGACGUGUUUUCCUCGCUGUGAAAAGAAUCCCGCCGCGAUGCCGUGCAAAUGCUGUGUACCUCGAUGCCGCGGAAACUACACGGGGGACACGAAGGUGCACGUCUUCAAGUUCCCGAGAGAUCAAGCUCUAAGGGACGCUUGGAUUCGCGCUGUGCCACGGGAAAACCUCACGGUCACCGAACAUUCCAGGGUAUGUGAACUUCAUUUCAUGGACGAGGACAUUAUUCGAGACACGACGCAUACAGAUCAAGCAACUGGCCGCGUAAUGACAGUGCCGCUAUCUCAUGUGCGCCUUCGCCCAGACGCUGUACCGUCGAAGUUCCCGAAUCAUUCGAGCUACUUGUCCAGAAAGACCGCGAGGAGGGAAGAUCCUGACUCCAAGCGCGCGCGAAUAGAGAAUGCAGCCCUUCAGAAAGCCAUCGCUGAAUCCAACGAGGCAUUUAUCAGAGCACGCGAGGAGGAUAAAGUCAACAGUGUGAGCGAACUUGCCAACCACUUAAGGAGCCAAGGGAUGAAGUUCUGGGAUGUUAUCGAAAGAAAUGAAAGGCUUCUUCUCAUUCACAUUGUCGACGAUGAAGCACCGUGGUUGAAAUACUCUGUUUGCGUGAAAGGAGAUUUGAACGUGACACUACACGUUAUGAAAACGGCCGUAAAAAAGCUCGGUGCAAAUCUCUGCGUUCCCGAAAUCGCUAACAGUAAAAGGGGUGUGGUGGAACUCCUGGAAGGCAUCGAGAAGUGGGACUGUGACCUGAUGUCCAACUCAGUCACCGAAAUUUGCGAGGCUGUUUGUUUACUGCUUGAUCAGCUUUGCACGUCCCAAGCAGAAGAUGACGCCAACUGUAUUCAAUUUCUGAAAGAGCAAGUCACCUUGCACCUAUCGAAAAAACAGCGCAGGCGCUACUCUGUUGAUUUCAUGAUGUUUUGCUGUAUUGUUUUCACUAUAUCGCCCCAUGCAUACGCGUUCAUACGUAGCCAUGGAAGCAUCACCUUGCCGCAUCCUAUGACGAUAAGAUCAGUGUGCUCGUCUUAUGGUAUGAGUUCUCAACAAGAGCAUCAGAGUGAAACAUUCCUCAGCUACAUGACAACAAGAAUUUCUGACCUGAAAGAUGACCAGCGCUUUGUCACAGUUAUGGUUGAUGAAAUACAUAUAAAACCUUACUUUGACUACAAAGGAGGCAAUAUUACCGGCGCUGCAAUUAAUAGAAAUGAAGCUGCUAACUGUGCGCUCGUUUUCAUGGUGCGCAGCGUGACGUGUAAAUUCAAAGAAGUUGCGCACAUCGUGCCGGUGCACCGAGUAGAGGCGGAGUUCCUGCAAAAGACGUGAUUUGUGGGCUGGAAAAGAUUGGGUACCGGGUUAUGUGCGUCGUCAGCGACAACAACUCUGUGAACAGAAAAGCGAUGUCACUUUUCGAAUCACCUCCGUGUAACAGAAUUGUGUACCAACAUCCAUCAGGCCCUUCAAGGCCGCUGUUCUUCGUUAUAGACCCAGUGCACAUUCUAAAAUGCAUACGAAAUAACUGGAUCAAUCAGAAGAAUGACCAAAUUUGUUUCUACUUCCCGGAGAUCCAAGGAGACACACCAGAAUCAGAGCGAAUGCAAACAGCGUCAUUUGCAACAAUCAGGGACCUUCACAGCAAAGAGUGUGACCAGCUGUUGAAAUAUGGCUAUGGGCUGUCAAGAAAAGCCCUCUACCCUUUGAGUCUUGAAAGGCAGGAUGUAAAGCUUGCUUUACAAAUCUUCAAUGACUAUUUACCAGAGGCGUUACGUGCUCUUGGAGCAAAGCACAACCUAUUCUCUUUCGAGGCCACGGCUACAUUCGUCGAGAUCAUACUCAAGUGGUGGAAAAUUGUAAACGUCAAAACUCCAUGGAAGGGAGAAAGGCUUAGAGAUCACUUCCAACAACCGGUGCUUUCCAUUGAUAACGAUCCAAAAAUUGACUUCUUGCACAUGUUUCUGAAGUGGCUGGAUGAGUAGAAGAACAAAGGUUUUGACAACGGUACUCUGACAAAGGAGACUCACGCUGCUCUCGAACACACCACCUAUGCGCUUGUUGAGCUCGCUAGGUACAGCUUCGAAGAGCUUGGAAUGUCAUAUGUCCUUUUUGGGAAGAUUCAGGCAGACUGCC